AUGUAUUGUGCCUCCUUUGUAGCCAGUUCCAUGGAGAUCGCAAUAUCAACAGCCUUCUGUAAGUGUUCCACAAGCCUUUUCAAAAUUGCUACAAAUUGUACAACUGUUUCAUCUUCAUUUCGUCUCCUUUGUGGAACCUAUGUCUUUCAGCAAUUACCAGCGUUUUUGGAGAAAAAUGGGACCCCAGGAUUUCCACAACGUCACUCUAAAGCUUUUGAAAUUAAGAUUACACCUGAACGCGACGUUGCUGCUCAGAUUGGAGAUAAACUUGAGCUGACCUGUAGUACUAUUGGCUGUGAAUCCCCAAGUUUCUCUUGGAGAACCCAGAUGGACAACCCCCUAGGUGGGUCAGUGACCAACAUGGGGAACAGCUCCAUCUUGACUAUGGAUCCUGUUGGCAUUGAGAAUGAGCAUGAGUAUCUCUGCAGUGCAUGUUGUGGCGAUGCGAAAGAAGAAAAAAGCAUCAAGGUUGAUGUUUACUCUUUUCCCAGUGAUCCAGUCAUUGAGAUCAGCACACCCCUGAAUGUUGGGGAAAAAGCCAAUAUCACCUGUAUGGUUCCCAAAGUGUAUCCUUCUGAGCGUUUGACGAUGCAGCUGGAGAAAGAUGGAUCUGUUUCUAGCAUGAAAGAGUUUUAUGAGGAAGGAAGCACCAAAACCAUUGAGACAAAAAGUCUGACAUUGACUUUUAUCCCCACCUUUGAAGACAUUGGGAAAGUGAUUAUUUGUCUGGCUGAAUUACCGAUUGAUGAAAUGGAAUUUGAACCCAAGAAAAGACAGACUUCACAGAGAUUGAGUGUAAACUAUGGACCAAGAAAUACAACAGUCUCUGUCACCCCCUCCACCACAGUGAAAGAAGGGGGAGCUGUGACAAUGACAUGUACCAGCUAUGGUAAUCCAGCUCCAAAGAUCUCCUGGACAAAGCGUUCAAUCAGUGGAGAGUCGCAGUUUCUUUCUGAAAAUGCAACUUUAACUAUAAAUAACAUAAAGGCUGAAGGCUUGGGGCUUUAUGAGUGUGAAGGAGUUAACCAGUUUGGAAGAGAGAAAAAAACUGUGGACUUAAUUGUUCAAGUUCCUCCCCAGAAUACUACAGAGUUAAUAUCUCCACCAGACAAUGUUGAUGAAGGGGAAAAUAUCACUAUUAUGAGUACAACCUAUAGUAAUUCACCUCCACAGACAGUCCCGCAAAAGAUCCAUCCAAGCAACACAACCAUCCUCUCAUCACAGAAUGACACCUCUACAGUCAGCAAAAAUGACACAGGCAUACACCAUGAGACUGGAAAUAACAAUGAGACUAGAAAUAACACUGAUGUGAUUGAGAUAGCUGUUGUAGAAAUGGUGAAAGAAACAGAUUAUGUGAUUCCUGUGAUUGUUGUGCUCUCUUGUUUAACAACAGUGGCAAUCCCUGCACUUGCAAUAUUGGUUUACAAGUCAAGGAAAGCAAAGAUAAAUGGAUCUUACAGUCCUGUAAAUGUACCAGAACCAAAUGUUUAA